CUACAACCGCAGGCGCGACAGGCAACCCGAUCAGCUCCUCGCUGCAACACAAACGCCAUCUUUAACAGACUGACAAACUACUGAACCAGAGUUGGAGAACGAAUCUGGGUCAGCCACUCAGACACGAAAACCCCGUUUGGAAAUCGCCACUAUUCGCUAAACUCUGGUCGAUAUUUACCUAUAUCUUGACAAAUCGCGCCGUUUUAUGGUCCAAUGUGUUUGAGCGGUCGGGCAGCCCGAACGCAGUUUUGUUGUGUCGGUCCCGGUUGACGUUGACGGGUUGCUUUUGCUCACAAACAGCUGACUGAGGUGAAAAACAGCAUGAAACGAGUUCUCCAAGGGACUCAGCAGGAGGACGGGGGCGGUACCAGUAGUGGGACUCUCAAACGGUCACGCAAACAGAAGAUAGACACAGAUCUUGAGGAAAAGGUGGUCCAUUGGGAAGAUCUUCCACAGGAGAUCCUUCUCCACAUCUUCCAGUACCUGCCACUGUUGGAUAGAGCUUAUGCUUCUCAGGUGUGUCGGGGCUGGAACCAUGCAUUUCACAUGCCCGAGCUGUGGCGAUGCUUCGAGUUUGAGUUGAACCAGCCUGCCAGCUCCUACCUGAAGGCCACACACCCUGAUCUCAUUAAACAAAUCAUCAAAAGGCACGCCGACCACCUCCAAUAUGUCAGCUUCAAGGUGGACAGCAGCAGAGAGUCCGCAGAGGCAGCGUGUGACAUCCUCUCUCAGCUUGUGAAUUGUUCUCUCAAAACCUUGGGCCUCAUCUCCACAGCUCGGCCCAGCUUCAUGGAGCUGCCAAAGUCUCACUUCAUCUCAGCGCUGACGGUGGUUUUUGUGAACUCUAAAUCGUUGUCCUCCCUGAAGAUUGAUGACACGCCUGUAGACGAUCCCUCCCUCAAAGUCCUCGUGGCCAAUAACAGUGACACGCUCAAACUGCUGAAAAUGAGCAGUUGUCCUCACGUGUCACCUGCAGGCAUCCUUUGUGUGGCGGAUCAGUGCCAUGGCCUGAGAGAAUUGGCUCUCAACUAUCAUUUGCUGAGUGAUGAACUCCUCAUCGCCCUCUCUUCUGAGAAGCAUGUUCACCUGGAGCACCUGCGCAUUGACGUGGUGAGUGAGAAUCCUGGCCAGCAGUUCCACACCAUCAAGAAGAGCAGCUGGGACGCCAUGGUGCGCCACUCCCCUAAAUUUAAUUUGGUUAUGUAUUUCUUCCUCUAUGAGGAUGAGUUCAGCCCCUUCUUUCGUGACGAGAUCCCAGUCACACAUCUGUAUUUUGGCCGGUCUGUCAGCAAAGAUGUGCUGGGCCGUGUCGGGCUCACGUGCCCUCGCCUGGUUGAGUUGGUGGUGUGUGCUAAUGGGCUGCGGCCGCUGGAUGAAGAGCUGAUCCGCAUAGCCCAGCGCUGCACUCAGCUGUCAGCCAUCGGUUUGGGAGAGUGUGAAGUGUCUUGUAGCGCCUUUGUGGAGUUUGUAAAGAUGUGUGGAGACAGACUGACGCAGUUGUCCAUUAUGGAAGAGGUGCUGGUUCCAGAUCACCGCUAUGGGCUGGAUGAUAUCCACUGGGAGGUGUCCAAGCAUUUGGGCCGUGUCUGGUUCCCUGACAUGAUGCCUACAUGGUGAAACUGUGCAAGAAUUGUAAGUUGCAUGCACAUUUGUGUGUGUGUGUGUGUGUGUGUGUAAGCACCUUUCUCUUACUGAAAAAUCCCACCAAUCAAAUUCAAUGUAAUAGAUUAUAAAAUAUGGAAAAAAAUGCCCUCCUUUUAAAUUUGGGUUACACAAAGAUGUACAAUUGUUUUCAAGUCUGCCACGCUGUUCUUUGUAUAUAUUUUUAUAUUUCUAUUUAUAUGUAUAUUUAUAUAUAUUUGUUUUCUUGUUUUGACAAAAUGCACUUUUUUUCUCUGAGCAAUUUACAGAUCUGUCGACAUUUUCCAUCGUAAUCAACAAAAAGUAACUGGGAAUGAAGGGGACAAUGUGGCCGUCAUGUACAUUAUGUAUUUAUUGUGUAAUACACCAUAACCUUCUAAUAUGGUGAGUCCUCAAGGUUGGAUUCACAAACCAUUACGAUAGCCAACCAUUGUCUUCAUUAAUCUGAAUGUACUAGUGUGAAAGAUUGCUUUUAGUCACUUUUAAUGGCUGAGCACAUGUAGAGCUUUGCCGUGAGUAACCAUUAUAAGGUGGUAUGUUUGUUGUGGUAAUGGUUUCUGAGAAUGUUUCUGUGUGAACCAGGGCCAGAUUGGGUGGUUGAACAGGCGAGGAGUCCACAUACUGCAUAUUAUGUUAUACAGCAACGCUUAAAUGCAGUAAUAACACUUACCCUAUGGACUCAUUCAUAGUUUAGGCUCACACACAGAGGAAUCUUACUGAUGCACUUUUACUUUAUUAAAGGAUCAUUGCUCUGUUUCAUCUAUACAUUAACUCAAGUGUAUACAUUUAAAAUAUGAUCAGAUCUUAUGAAAUUUCUUAAGAAAGUUUCAUUGCAUACAUCAUGGGCUGUUUGUAAAUGCAUCUGUGAUAAUUCCCAUACAGUAUAUGUAUACUCAAUUGUACUUAGCUAUGUACAGGCAUUCUUACAAUAUGCAUUAUCUUCUCAAACAUUUAAUGUUCUGAAGCUCUGAGCUGGUCUGCUUAAGACUAUGGUAGUAUCCAGGAAUAACCCACUUCAGUGCUUGAACAUUUAAAAUUGGAAAUGAUCUUAAAACCCAAAAGACAUCUUGGCGUGGCUUGAAUGUUGAAGUAUGACAUCAAUGGUUGACUUUUUCCAUUGCAAUCAAGUAUAGACAGUAAUAACUGGAAUUGGACAUCAACCUUGUACUGUUGAAUAAAGAAUCCCUUUAAAUCAUUAUGUCCAAAGCUUUCCAUUACCUAUACGGCUUACCCUGGGUUGACAAUAUUUUAUUUGCUACUGUUUGAUUCUAUAUGGGGACAGGAGCCCAUCAUGUUUUACUUUAUCGCUUUUGAAGUUCAGGCGAGCCUGGCAAAAAACUCUUCUUCUUUUUUUCCCGAACUGUAAUGUAUUUCUAAAAGCAUACCAUAUACUAGUGAACAUGAACUACAUUUAUCUGUGCUGAUGGAUUUUGGCAAAGGUAAGAACUUGCAUAAUAUGUGCAUUGUUUUUAUUUUUGUUGAAAAAGGUAAUUGUGUUGAAGUUUUUUUUUAAAGGUUACCUUUUGUACUUUUCUCAAAUAUAUGUAUAAUAUUGUUUGAGUGAGGUUCUUGCAACUUUAAUGAUAUGCUCAUCUGUGUUUUUUGGUAUUAAAUAUUUUGUGCAAGUGGGCAUAUUAAAGGGGAAAUUAAAUGAAAACGACACUGCACUGGGUGGCCUAAUAUUUGCUAGAAGUCACUGUUUUUGUGCCCUCAACGAUGCCCUCAAACGUUACAAAAUUAUAAUUGAUAAUUUAACGAGUUGAAAUGCAUGAUCACAAGCUGUAACUUCAUUCAGCUUGUGUUUCUGAACAUUGAGUCCACAAAUAAGCUGUCCUGACUUUCACGCUCUGUCCUAACUUGCUCCAUGAUGUCCAAUAAAAUGCGUUGACUUAGUUGAA